GAAUUGCUGAUAAGGAAGCCUCUGCACCGAAAGCGAUUGCGCUGUAUGUUGAGCAGUAUAAGUCGUGGUGUUCGGGAUGCAGCUGCUGAUCGUAUGGAUGUGAAUCAGGUGCUGUUAUGGUUGGAUGAUAUUGGUAUUCCGCAGUAUCGUGAAAACAUGGCCGAAAAUAUGAUUGACGGUCAAAUGUUGAGUUUGUUGACUGCACAAGAUUUGAUUGAGGUACAUUUGUUAUCAAAAAUGCUGAUCUUCUCGUUUUUGAUCUCCCUAUUUUGCUAA